UCUACGAGUGGACACAUCGUUAUUUUUGCACAUAACUUUCUCCAUAGGCCAUAAUAUUUGGGCUAUAAACUAAAAUCGUUUCUAAGCAGGUGUCUUUUAAGCUUUUAUCAAAUUCCUAUUUUGUUCGCUUUUCCUGAGCUCUGAGAAUAUUCAUCUUCGGUGUGCGGCCGAGUGAGAAAAGAGCUCCUGAGUUCAAGACAGAAAACAAAAAUGGCCUCAUCGAGCAAAAAUUGGGAGCCAUAUACUUUCAGUGCCGAAGUAUUGAAGGAACAAAGACGUCAAGACAAAUCAAUAAACAGUCGUUGUAGUUAUGAUGAUACUGUUGAAUUGGUGUGGAUUUACUAUGACUUAGCUAAGAACCCUGGACAAGAGAGAAUAAAAUUGGGUCCAUCAAACAAAAAUCAUUUUGGUGCUGAAGAAUUGGAGGCCUUGAAGCGUCAAAUCAAAUGUAUAAACAAGCGUUGUAGUUAUGGUGGUACCCUGUUCACUGCAGUGGAAAUGGUGUGCGCUUACUAUGACGUUGAUUACGAACCUGGAAAACAGGUUUGCUUGACAUGUUUGAAAAAAUAUCUUAACAAAUACAAAUAUCCUGAAAUGGAAUUGAAAGAAGGACAGAAGAAGAAAAGCUCAGAAAGCCAUUUCUAAGAAAAAAUACAAAAACCUAAAAAACAAUUUUAUGUUUAUCAAAAUAAUAUCUAUUGUAUUAAAUAAUACAUUUUUUUUUUAUUUAUUAAUGUUUAACCCUUCUAGAAAUUUAUUAUCUUAGAGAAGUCUAAAAAUGACAAAUAUGUUUUGAAUAGUUAUUAAUUAUUAAAAUGGUUAGUAUUUAAUAAACAAUUUAAAUAAACACCGAUA